AAAAGGCGACUCCUGGCUUUUCCAGCUCUGUGGUCGCCCGUCGGGAGUGCUCUCCGCCGGCGUGAGCGAGCUUCCCCCCGGCUCCGGGCUCUUCUCGUCGUCGCCGCCGCCGCCUCAGCCUCCGCCGCCGCCUCCUGCUCCUCCGCCGCCGCCGCCUCCUCCUCCUCCGCCGCCGCCGCCGCCUCCGGCCGCUCUGCGGGAUCAUGGAGUGCUUCCGCCUCUCCGGGGCUCCGGGCUUGGUGCUCGCCCUGUGCUGCCUGGUUCUGGGAUCUUUCUCAUCUUCCGCAUUGGAAAUUAAUGAGACUAACUCGGAAGGCACGUGUCUUUAUGCAAAAUGGCAGAUGAAUUUUACAGUGACAUAUGAGACCACAAGCAAAAGUCUUAGAAAUGUAAGCAUUUCCGACCUUCAGUCUGUAGUCAGCAAUGGAAGCGCUUGUGGAGAUGGAGAUGACCAGAUCCAUUCCAGAAUUGAGGUGCGCUAUGGAUCUGGUUUCAUCUGGAUGGUAAAUUUUACAAAGGACCUGUCGACUUCAACUUAUUCCAUUGACAACAUCACAUUUUUGUACAACACAACUGAUAACUCUACAUUUCCUGAUGCUGAAGAUAAAGGAGUGCUGACUGUUCAGUUUAACCCCAGGACAUCCGGGAUUCCAGUGACUGACAUCUUUAGAUGCAACAGUUUAAUUGUUAUAGAAAAAGAAAAUGUGACCCAAACCUUUUGGGAUGUGCAUGUACAAGCUUUUGUCCCAAAUGGCACUGUGAGCACAGAAGAGUUUCUGUGCGCUAAAGAUCAAGCUACCACAGUGGUGCCCAUCGUCUCCACCACCCCGCCUGCUCCUACCACCCCCACCCCCACCCCCACCCCUAAGGAAAAUCCCGAGGUGGGAAACUAUAAGGUGGUCAAUGGCAAUGACACCUGCCUUAUGGCUACCAUGGGGUUGCAGCUGAACGUCACUCUCGAUAAGGGUCCUGUGCUUAUUAACGUGAACCCCAAUGUAACGGAGACCUCUGGGAGCUGCCAACCUCAGACCGCUCUACUGAGACUGAACGGCAGCGGCAUUACAUUUUUGGACUUUGUCUUUGCUGUGAAAAACAAAAACCGAUUCUAUCUGAAGGAAGUGAAUAUCAGCAUGAAUCUGGCUAAUGGCUCUGUUUUUAGCAUGGCGAAUAACAAUCUUAGCUACUGGGAUGCGCCCUUGGGGAGUUCCUAUAUGUGCAACCAAGAGCAGGCUGUUCUCGUAUCUGGAACAUUUCAGAUAAAUACCUUUGGUCUGAGGGUUCAGCCUUUCAAUGUGAUGGAAGGAAAGUAUUCUACAGCUGAAGAAUGUUCUGCUGACUCUGACCUCAACUUUCUUAUUCCUGUUGCUGUGGGUGUAGUCUUGGGUUUCCUUAUAAUUGUUGUGUUUAUCUCUUAUAUGAUUGGAAGAAGGAAAAGUCGUACUGGCUAUCAGUCUGUGUAAUCAAUUUACACUGGUGCAUUUUUUUGGGUUUGUUUUUGCCAUCAGAAAUUAUGUUUCCAUUGGCUAAGGCCAGGAUAUGCUGUGCAAUCGAUUAAGGCUUGCAGACUAACCUCAGGCGGCUAGUAGAUACAGCGUGAUGAGCACUUCUUUAAGGAAAAAAAUCUAGUAGGAUCAGUUUCUUAUGUGUUUCCUCUCUUUUUCUCCCUUGGUUAAUAUGGAAUUAUGUGAAAAACAUGUUUUUCGUAAUAAUAGUGUUAAGCCACUGGCUUCAGCGAUGAAAGCAUUUCUCCCUACCCACGAUUUUAUUUCACCCAUUUUGGAAAAUGAGCCCAAGAACCUGGUAAAUUUAUUUUUCUUGAUGGCAGACAUAAAAUUUAGUGCCUAAUAAGACUUCCUUUCCCACCUCCUAAUCAGGAUGAUUUAAGUCUGUGUUUCUCUGUUGGUUUAAAAAAAAAAAGAAAAAAUGGCAGCAUGAUGCUGUGUCUAAUAUCUAAAGUCUGGCUGUAGCUACUAUUUUUUUAACAAGACAUUUUUCCCCAUCCCCUUUUGGAAUUUGAAAUACAUUGAUUAUCUCACAGUUGAUAUUUAUGCUGAAGGAUGAAGUAAGAUAUUUGGCUUUGUUUUAAAGUGUUGAACUAGAAAAAAUUCUGGGUUUUUUUAAAAUUAGGAUUUAGAAUGUUUUUUUUCUUCCUUAGAGCCUUAACUUGUUCCAAAGUUAAUCCCUCCUCUGCUAAACACACACACACACACCCACACACACACACACGCACACACACACAAAUCCACUAUACUUUUGUGCCUCCUGUUCUCUCCUUUCUCUAUAUGAUUAAAUUCUAAUAGAUAUAUAUAUGUACUCUCUCUCUAUAUAUAUGUAUAUAUAUGUAGACCUUUUUUUGCUGUACCAGGGAUCAAACCCAAGGCCUCACACAUUCAAUGCAAAUGCUUUGCCCUGAACUUCAUCUCUGGUUUAUAAUUGAUACACAUGUGUGUAUAUAAUUUGGAGAGGGACUUGGGUCACACCUGGUGGUGCUCAAGGGCUACUCCUGGCUCUGUGCUCGGAGGUCGCUCCCCAGUGCUCAGGGGACCAUGUGGUGCUGGGGAUUGAACACGAGCCUCCCCACAGCAUGCACUCAGUGAGCCUCAUUGAUUUUUUUAUAUAUGCAUAUAUAUAAUCUGUUGAUUUAUUUUUUAUCCAGUGUUAACUCUAGAAACUAAAAGUCAUCUAUCAGAGGGCUGCCUAGCCAGAGCUGGACAGGGAUAGAUAGUCUCUAAACAUGUCAGUCUUGAUUAGACAUUUCCCUGCAGGGAUUGCUCCUGCUCUGGCUUUUGGUAGAGGUAUUAGAGAGAGCUCAAGUCAGGCAUCUGCUUUAUUAGCAAAGCUCUAGAGUUGGCCUUUUAUUAUUUUUCUGAGGCUCGAGUGGUUGAUUGCUUUGCACACCUGUUCUCAUCAUAAAGUAGAUGUUUAUUUUAGUGUCCUAUUUUAUGUAUCUCUCUGUAACUGAAGACAAAACUUUCCAGAGAUCUGCCUUCUCUUCAAAAAUGUUCCUUGCAUCCAAAACAACAAAAAAUGAGCCUAAACCUUAAAUAAAGUUAGUUUGUUAUUCAGUCCAAGGAUUAACUGUCCCCAUCUACCUCUCAGCCUGGAGCAGAUAGAUGCUUGCAUGGUGUUUGUGGCCAUUUACAGGUGCCAGAAUAUUUUGUCAAUACGUGGAGUGAGAACAUUUUGUUUCAUAAAGAAAGUCCAUCGCCAUCUUUACUCUUUUAUCCAUAUUGUAUCUCAAAGGCCUAUAUUCCAAACUGGAGAAGAAAAGUCAGCUUGCUCAGUUCCAUCUUCACAACUCCAACUCUGACUUGCAGAUUCAAGUCUCUAGUUGCUAAGUACAAAGAGAAUGCUUCCUUUACAAUGGUUGCUUUGCAAAAUGAGACCUCUAGGAAGAAUACUAGCUUCAGGAAAUAUUUUCGAGAUGAUGGUCAAUUGGAAAUUCAGAUUGAUUCAGUACGAAAAGUUCAUGUCCAAGUUGACAACACUUAAUUCUUCAUUAGGCAUCAUGUUUCUUUUCUUAGGCAAUUAGCAAACUUGUAUUUAAUUGUUGGGGAGAAUUAAGAUUAAAAUAUAAAAUGUUAACAAAAUAAUAAAAAAUGUUAACAAAAGCUGUUUCAACUCCAAUAAAAUGCAGGAAACCCCAAAAUCUUUGAACUGAAUGUUCAGUGAACUUUCUUCACUGUUUCAUUUUUAUGUGAGUACAACAAUGCAUUGCACAGUAGAACUCUGAACACCUGAAUAAUUGUUUCUCACUUAAUUACCUAUGGAAGAAGUGAUGCUAAAUGCUACCUAGAAGUUUGAAUCUACUCAAUUGAUACCUGAAAAAAAUAAAGCCUUCAGUCGUA